AUGUCGGCGGGCUUGGUAAAUUCGUAUCUUAACAAAAGGGUCUGCAUAAUCACAGUCGAUGGCCGCACCCUAGUAGGCACACUUAUCUCGGUGGACAUGAGCACGAAUGUGUUCCUACAAAGAGCAGUAGAACGAGUCAUCCGCUCCCCCGACGACGACGAACCCUCGGCCGAGAUCGAGCUGGGAACGCACAUGAUCCGCGGUGACACGGUCUGCCUGGUCGGGCUGGUGGACGAGCCGCUGGACGCGAGCAUAGACUGGACCAAAGUCAAGGGGUCGACGAUCGGGACGACGAAGCAUUGA